CAUCAGCACCACAGGGAUGUGAUACACUGAAACACACAAGGCUGGAGCGCAACUUUACUCAGCAAGCCAGCGUUAUAUUUGGGAGUGGUUGUGGAUAACCAACGCGGCAGUUUAACUCCAACCUGUGUGGGGGUGGGGUGGGUAAAUUAGUUAAGUGUGUUUUUGUUUUCUUUUUCCUGAGGCAUCCAAUACAACUAAGCAGCCCUGUCCUGUGUUGUAUUUCCCAUAUGUCGCGAAAGCAGGUCGACCAUGACUACAAUCUCCGUAGUAUGAGCAACCUCAUGGGCGAGCGGUGGAAGAAAGUGAGCGACGGAGGAGAGCGGAGUCUUAUCAAGGCUCCGUCCAGCGCCAGCAUCAGCAGCCAGGGCGCCUCCGCCGCCACCUCCACCGCCGGUGCGCCAGCAGCUGCACCCCCCUCUUCCACCCCUUCCACCGGGGACCUGGAGCGCGCUGCCCGCAAGCAGUUCCAGCAGGAUGUCACGCCCGGCUUCGUCUACGUCCUGGCGGCGUUCUCCGCCCUGGGGGGCUUCCUGUUCGGCUACGACACCGGGGUGAUCUCCGGGGCCAUGCUCCUGCUCAAGAGGGAGCUGGACCUGAGCGCACUGUGGCAGGAGGUGCUCAUAUCAAGUACUGUGGCCGCGGCCGCCCUGUCUGCCCUGCUGGGCGGCUUCCUCAACGGGCUCUUCGGGCGCAGAGUGUGCAUACUGCUGGCCAGCUUCUUCUUCACCGUCGGGGGGAUCGUGCUGAGCACCGCCCCUGGCAAGGAGGUCCUCCUGGCAGGGAGGCUCAUCGUCGGAGUGGGGCUUGGUGUUGCCUCUAUGACAGUGCCAGUGUAUAUCGCUGAGGCCUCUCCGCCCCACCUGAGGGGUCAGCUGGUGACGGUUAACACCCUCUUCAUCACCGCUGGACAGUUCACUGCCAGCCUGAUUGACGGCGCCUUCAGUUACCUGCAGCGCGAUGGGUGGAGGUACAUGUUGGGUCUGUCGGUGCUCCCCGCCGUGCUCCAGUUCAUGGGAUUCCUGUUCCUGCCCGAGAGCCCUCGCUGGUUAAUCCAGCGUGGGCUGACCCAGAAGGCCCGCCGUGUGCUCAGUCAGAUCCGAGGCAACCAGAAUAUUGAUGAAGAGUACGAUAGCAUCAAGAACAGCAUUGAUGAGGAGGAGGACAGCGGAGGAGAUGGCCCUGUGAUCUGGCGGAUGCUGACCUACCCCCCGACUCGGAGAGCCCUCCUGGUGGGCUGUGGUCUUCAGAUGUUCCAGCAGCUUUCAGGAAUCAACACGGUCAUGUACUACAGCGCCACCAUCCUGCAGAUGUCAGGAGUGCGGGACGACAGACUAGCCAUCUGGCUAGCUGGACUCACCACCCUCACCAACUUCCUGUUUACCCUGCUUGGCGUGUGGCUGGUGGAGAGAGUGGGGCGCAGGAAGCUCAUCUUGGGCAGCAUCAUUGGUACAUGUUUGAGUUUGAGUCUGCUGGCCAUUGGUUUUCUGCUGUCGGCACAGCACACGCCUCCUGUCACCUUCCACCCAUUAGACCCAUCUAUGGCCAACUCCACCUGCACCAAAUAUCAGCUGUGCGAGCCGUGCAUGCUGGACCCUGGAUGUGGCUUCUGUUAUCGUGAGAACGGCUCGGCGCUCCUCGCCUCCUCCUGUGUGCCAGUCAAUAAGGCCUCCACCGAGCACGCAGCAUGGGGAAGAUGCUCCAACUCCAGCCUGAUGAGAGAUCAGACCUACUGGGCCUACAACUACUGUCCCACCUCCUACUCCUGGCUGGUUUUAUUGGGUCUGGUGUUCUACCUGGCUGCUUUCGCUCCAGGGAUGGGUCCAAUGCCAUGGACCAUCAACUCAGAGAUCUACCCUCUGUGGGCGAGGAGCACAGGGAACGCCUGCGCAGCCGGAGUCAACUGGACCUUCAACAUCCUGGUGUCUCUCACCUUCCUGCACCUGGCUCAGUACUUCACCUACUACGGUGCUUUCUUCCUCUACUCCAGCCUGGCUUUGCUGGGUUUCUUCUUCAUCUACGGCUGCCUGCCAGAGACCAAAGCCCGCCGCCUGGAGGAAAUCGAAGCUCUGUUUGAAAACCAGCUCUGCUCCUGCGGCGCCUCUGAUUCAGACGAGGGACGGCAGGUUGAAUACAUCCGAGUCAAAGGUUCAAACUACCAUCUAUCGGACAACGACGCAUCUGAUGUGGACUAGAGAGUUUGGGUGAUUAGUGAUACAUGCAGAGUGGUUGGGUCUGUGAUAUCUUUCUUUUUGUUGCGUGUGAGCUGAGGAGCCACAAGAGUUUUGCUUGUGUCAGUAAUGUGAGUGAGUUCACCUCCAAUCCAGUCAAUUCAGGAAUCCAAAAUCAGUGAUUUAAUAGCAGAAAGGGUCUUUUGUUUUCAGCCUAUUCUCUGAAUUGAGGGUGAACUGAUGACAAAUCUGGAGUCAAACCUGCUUUAGUGGACAGCUGAAUCUUCAACCAGGCACCACAAACAUCUCAAUUACAAAAGGCUUAAAGGAAAACUUCACCCACAAAAUGACCACUUUCAUGUUAAUUACUCAGCGUGUGAUACCCUGAAUAUGCGAAGAGAACUUUGUUUUUGUCAUAUGCCUCCCCGGUGAAUGGAGGAUCCAAAGAAGGCGAACAAUCUUCAUGAGUUGAACUAAAUAGGGUCCGCAUUUAACAGUAAAACUACAUUAAAACUAGGGCUGGGUAACGGUACUUAAUACCUUUAGUUGUAGAAAUGUCUGUAGUCAAUAGCAACAUUUCAGUGAAACUUAACCUGAAUUGGAUUCUUUUCACACAGUGGUCUGAUCCCACACCGUCCCAACUCCCUACCUGGUAGGUAUGAUUUUUGUUGCUGCGUCUCCAGAGCUGUGCUCUUCGGCAAACUGUCAGCAAAGUUAGCAGAAGGUAUCCCAUUACAAGCUGCGCCAAUGGUACAAAAUGGUGUACACUUCUGGUCUCCCAGGUUCAAAACAAUACAACACUACAUACUGUACAAAUUUAAUGUUUGUUCCUUAUUUGCUGCUCGUAUCUGCUGCUAAUCUCAAGUGGACCAUCUCGGUUAAAUCAAUAGUCUCUGCUGUCAGUUCAUCGUCUGCCCGGUUAACACGAGCAAACACAGCAGCUGCUAACAUCCAACACCAAGCUGUUAACAGUGGUGGAGGAAGUACCUGAAAGACACACUUGAGUUAAAAUACAGAUAUCUUACCAGAAAAAGACACUGGUAGAAGUUUAAGUCACCUAUUAGAAUAUUACUUGGUUAUAAGUAUUAAAGUAUCUGGGGCCGGUUGCACAAAGCACCUUAAGUUUGCUCCUUAAGUAUGACACGAAAUACCUCACCAAUAACUGAUUGGAAAGACUGUGUUGCAUAAAUUGCAUAAAACCGCAGAGCAAUCAUUCAUUCAGCUUUAGAAAGUUGAGUGAUCCAACCACUGACAGUGACAGUCAUGAAUUGAUUUCUGGUAAAAUCUAAAGUGCAAAAUGAGAUGCUCAUCAUUAAGCGUGUCCAUCGGAUUCUCCUGCUCGUGGAACACUCUUUUCGGGAUGCCCUAAUUUUUCUCAUUUGUCUCCAUAAACUCAACCAUGCUGUGGUUAAGAUGGAGUCAGAGGUACUUUAUGUUUUUGUCCUUACUUUGGCUAGCGUGCAACAGUUUAACAAACUUUACGCAAUUCCUUAAGUAUAAGAGGAGAGAUCCUUAAGGAAACAUUUUAAGGAAACCUUAAGGAGAGGACUUGAGGAUGUUUUGUGCGACCAAUUUUUUUUUUCAAGGAAACCUUAACUGAGACUUUAAGGAAAAUCUUAACUGAAGGUGCUUUGUGAAAUUACUGUACUUAAGUAUCAAAAGUAAUUUUAUUAAAUUGCAUAUAUUCAAAAGUAUUGAAAGUAAUAGUACAAAAUGCUAUUCAUAUAAAACCAAGUAGUUUAUUUCUUCUUAACAUGAACACCACCUUAAAAAAGGACAAGUACAUUACACUUAAAAGAAUAACGAGGUCUUCUUCACAACUUUAAAGAUUCAAAGAAACCCGCUGACUAUCCAGGGCUGACACACUGCAGCAGAGCUGUCACCACGCUGUUUCCUGACACAAAUCUUUAUUUCCUUGAAUCAUUACUCACCCUCUCUGCUGUGGGACGCCAUUUUCUGCUUCUAUCAUCAAGUUGGUUUCAUCGUUGAUUAGAAUAUACUCACAAGCAUGUAACAUCUAUUCUGACAUGCAGCCUAGGCUUGACUGGAAAUCCAAAAUAGCAGCAUGCCAUUAACACAAUUUAAAAAAAAUAACAUGUUACAUUCAGAUCUUAAUCACCUCGUGAUUAACGCGUUAACGCUGACAGCCCUGCAAAUGGUCAUUUUGCAAGUGAAGUAUUUCUUUAAACACUGCCUUUUCCACACGUGUACAGGAAACAUGACUGCUAAAGACACACUGCAUGUACAAAAUACGAGGGACACGUCCUCUCUUAUGAAGUCCACUGAUGGUGAUGUACUUUGCAAAAGGGGCUGCAGCUCAGCAUCAGUAAUAUGUUCCUAAUAUUUUGUACAUUUGUUGACUAAAUAUACUUUAUGAUUUACAUAUGACGUAUGUACAGGAUAAAAAACAAUCGGUAAUACACGUCAAAGUCAUUGUCAGAAUGCGUUGAGAACUCCAAUGUGGCGAUGAGAUCCAGGUUUGUGUGUCCACAGAACUUUUGACAGCAGUUGUAACUUAUUGUUGAUCUGUAGUACCAUUAUGCCUUUCUAUAUGAAACACGUCUCAGUUACAUGUUGUUUACGCUUGUAGCAUAGCACACUUAUGUCAGUUCCUCAUCUGAUGACGGUCUUAGUUUGUGCUUCUGAUAUUUUUUAUGAAAAGCAAACACCAGAGAUGUACAGUAUAUUGUUCGAGUUUAGAAAACUUGUAUUGUCAGUCGGUGCCUAAACAGAACCACUCACCAAUCUAGUAGCACAGCUCAGUUGCUAUGGUUUAUAUUUAUUAAUUAAUUUAUUUAAAUACUGCAACAAAGUACUAAUUGCUUUAGGAUAGUCUAUGUUAAGUUUCAGGCCUGCAAUUCUGUUGCUCACCUGCCUCUAAAAAUUGCAGUUUUUAACAUAGUACUAUGGAGAGGACAGUCUCGUGUCACUCUACUGCAAGGAAGCUGCCAAAACUUACACUUCCUGUUAUAAACCUGGGUAUUAAACAUGUAACGUCCAGCAAAGGAGGCCAGUGGUAGACUGAAACCAUGGUUUAAUGAUUGAGACUUCUCUUGUAUUUCCUAAACAUGAUGAUAUUAGUGCCUGUGUAUUGUGAAGGUCCCUAAUGGCCGUUUUUCAGUCCAAAUCCCCGAAGUGGGUGGAUGAUAUCAUGUUAUGAUAAUUAGGUCUGCAUAGCUUUUUUUUUUUUAAUUUGAAAUGUACAUAUUUGCAUUGCACCGUGAAUUAAAUGUUUUUGUUUUUUUUACUGUCAUUUCAUGUAUUUUGAUUUCUGUCUUCCUCCAUAGCCUUAUGUACAAAUAGCAAAGCGUAUCAUUUACGUGGUUCUCGUGUCAAAAGUCGAGGAGUAGGCUUUAGCGUAAUUUGCCAAUGUUGUUUUGUAAAAAGUGUAAAAUUGUGUGAGGUUACACCUUGUUAGUCAAACACACAUAGGUUUCUGUGUAGCAAAAGCUGUUUGAAAGUAGAAUACGGUGUAACUUUGUGUAACGAAACAAAACUAAGGCGUACUGUGUCCGAUGAUCGGGUGAAGGACAGUCCAUAAUUUUUGACACGUGGGUCCUCACCCACCAUGAUUUAAUAAGAUAUAAUACUUCUUUUUAAAAAACUUUCAAUGAAGAAGCUCUUCAUCAAAUGCCGUGGCAUGAUGUUAGGACAUUUUCAGUGACCUGUGAAAGCUGAAUGAAGUAUUUGCUCCAAGUAUUGUGAUAUUUCUGGUAUUGUCAAGAUGUCACAUUUACAUAUGGUUGCCUAUGGAAAUUAUUCAUCUGCAGGGUUCCCACACAUUCCACAACUUCUCUACAAUACUGUACCCAAUUUCUAUGACUUUAUUUUAGUAGUUUAAACUGGGUAGGCCUAUUUAACUUGCCUGUUUAACAGUCCCACCUCCGACAAGCUGUACAUGCUCACUGCCAAUAGACAAGAUCAGUGUAACACUGAAAUCCAUGACCUGUCAGAUUCUGUGUCCGCAGAACCAGACUCCCUUAAAAAACGUUGAGUUUUGUGUGUUGUUGAGUGGUUAGUGUUUAGAGGUUCGUCAUACAGUGGUAUCUAAUAAAUUAGCACCCCACGAACAACCUUACGUAACUAACGUAAAUUUACAUACUUAAUGUAAAGUUAGCUUGGGUUCAGGCGAGUAAAAUUACAUUGGUUAGUUUUAGGAAAAUUAACAUGCUGACAACGUACAUUAAAAUAACUCAAAAUUUGUUUGGUGUCACAUGGUUCUGAACACUGGUCUCCUGGGGGAAAGUCCUGUGUUGUGUUUGGUCACAUGAUGGCAACCUUCCCAAAUACUAGAGUUACACACUAUUAUUGCCUCAUGAUUACAUGAGUUAUAAAAGAAUUUUGGUGCAUUACUUUUGGUAGGUGUAUGUAUGAACAAUGCAUGGAAACAACCUGGGCACAUACUAUCACUUAGCAAGACGUCAAGGCCACGCCCCUUUUUGGAGGAUAGAAAACCAAAUAUCAUUUAGGUGUCAAUGCAACUGGAUUAUAAUUUUGACAAGUUUGUAUGUAUUUACUUCUUGUUAAAUGUUAAGUGAUUGCCUAACAAAUUAAGGUUGAGCACUGUCAUGUCCCCCGUCACUUGUCCCCUGUCAAAGUCUAUCAGUGACCCAACACAGUGGUUGGGUAUUUCAUGUAUAGAUGUCCGGAUCAUGACACAUAGUGAUUCAAUUAAAUGUAGAUAUUUGAUUGAAUCACGAGGUACCAUAAGGCUGAGUGUUGUCUGUACAUGACCAACCUGUUAAUGGGCAACUGUUAGACCUAGGCUGAGAUUUAGUUGGAGACGACAGUCAUAUGCUGCUAUAUGACUGUGCUGCAGCAGCUUCCCAUUCAAGCUAACGUUAGCUCUCCAUCCGCAGUAACUGUUACCAGCAUUAUUCAGCAACUUACCACACUGACAGUGAAUAUUGAGUAUCUUAUGUGCCUCAAAUCUCAGUGUGAAAGCUUUGGUUAACCUGCAUCACAAAAGCUUUUAGUCAUUUUCCUGUUUCCUUUGCUGAUGUGAUGGUGUGUUUCUUUCCCCCAAAAGAGGGCGGAGCCUUGGCGAUGACACCAUACUGGUCUAGUCUAUGUGUAUCACGUGACAUUAGAUUUUAAAUUAAUAGUUCUAGGAAUGUAUGUUGCCUAACAUUAGACAUGUUUUGGACAGCGCAUAUUCAAUAAUUUUCCAAAACAUUCUGUUAUUUCCAAAAACAAUUUUCAGACCGGAAUUUCAUGACCGUGGGAACCCUGAAUCAGCAUAUUAGAAAUAUGGACCAUAUUAUUCUCAUCAAUGGUGACACAGUAAUAAAAUGGCUUACAAACACCCACAUGAGGAAACCCUAUAACUGUCACAAUAUAUUAACAAUAGUACUGUAUGCUUUUGAAAAUGGUCAGCAUUUAAAAUAAGCUUGUCAACCGUUUCAUUCGAUGGAGACUAGUUCAAAAGUGGGGAAAAAUUGCUGAUUAUAAUUCAAAAUGUGAUGGUAUUGUUAUAUCUGUUAUUUUCAUUUGGUCCAGGAUGAGUUGUCUUAAAACCACACCAACUAGUUUUGUACUUAAAGUAUUAUUACAGGUAACACACACACACACACACACACACACACACACACAUACAGAUGAAGCUCCGUAACACAGACUGUGUAAUAAAACUUGUGUUGACCAAAUAUUUAGCGUGAUUGUUUCAGCUGUUGACAUCCAGUCGUGUUGACACUGUCCUCUGCCCACUGUGGGGACAUUUAAUGUGUACUUCUGGUGAAAUGGUUGCAAAUUCUUUUCUAUGUGAACCAACUAUGUGUGUUUCUACGGUUUACGAGGAACGACAAAAACACUAAUUAAAAAAAAAAAACAGUGCUGUAUAGUAUAUUUGAUUAUUGUUCAAGCUGUAUAUGUUUUGCUAGAGUUUAUAUUCUAUAAAAAAAAUAUCUUCAUGAAAUUCUAACACUUGAAUAUGUAUACGGGGAAAGAAAUAAACAAAUAAAUCAGA